GAAAAUUUAUGGGUGUCCAUUUCUAACAAUGGAAAACCCGAUGACCCGACCCAUUAGUUAGCUCUAUAUAUAUAUACUUCACCCUUCUCAGCUUUUCUUGUCUAAUUUUGAUACACUGCAAAGUAGGAAGAGGAGAAAUGGCGAUGGUGCAGUGGUGCGGCGCAGCGGCGAGGCGAGUGUUGGUGAGGGAGCACCGUGCCCUCUUCACGACCUCGUCAUCAGCUCAAAGCAGUGUAAUCGGGGCUCCGAUGCUGUGCGGGCGAGGGGACAAGAAGACGAAGAAGGGGAAGCGGUUCAAAGGGUCGUACGGGAACGCUCGGCCGAAGAAGGAGAAGAUGAUCGAGCGCAUCAAGGACAAGGUUGAGGUUCCCAGGUCCACUCCUUGGCCUCUCCCUUUCAAGCUCAUUUGAAUCCCUCUCUCUCUCUCUCUUUCUUAGGGUUUUAGCUUCUUUUUAUAUAUGCAAUUAUAUGCAAUGUUGAACUAGAGUUUCCGAGGGGUUCUUUUCGUGCCUUGUUAUCGAAAUCAGAAUGUGUACAUUUCUUUGUAUGAAUGCUGCUUUAUGCUCUUGCUGAGUUUUUUUCUUUUAAUAUAAUUUUGAUUAGUUUUCUGGUCUGGUUA